UUGAACUGGAAUGCACUGGACCACACCAGCUGACUCUGGCCUAUCUUCUGCAUACAAGAACUCGACGGGGCCUUGGCUUGUUCACAACGGGGUACACCAGGGAUGUUUUGAAGCUGCAUUCAUUUUAUACUGCAAGGCUUCAGUGGGCAAAGUUAAGCUUUUGGGUGGCCAAGUAUCAACACUAAUUGUUGACCCAAGCACACCGAGUGGCUUGUCCAUGUGAUUUCCUGCUAGCUUUUGAUUGGCUGCUGUGAGAUGGCUAGUAUGCUGCAUCGACGAAUCACGCAAGCUUUCCUGAGGUCACGUCAGGCCUGUGACCCAGGCCGCGCAUGGCUGCCCUCAUUAGCGUCAUUCUCCACAGGAAACAAUGCACAUUAUGCUAGCAAUGGACAAGCAACGUCUGGCAAGCUGAACAAGAGACUGAAGGAGUCAGCUGAGGUGGUAGUGAUUGGCGGAGGUUGUGUAGGGACGAGUAUAGCCUACCAUCUGGCCAAGGCUGGCAUGAAAGAUGUGGUCCUACUGGAGAAAUCUGAGCUCACUGCUGGGUCCACCUGGCAUGCUGCUGGAUUGACAACGUAUUUCCAUCCAGGCAUCAACUUGAGAAACAUUCACUAUUACAGUGUCAAACUGUUUGAGCAACUGGAGGCUGAGACUGGACAGCAAGUGGGCUUCCAUCAGCCAGGUAGCCUGCGUCUCAUCACUACACCAGACCGCAUGGACGAGGCCAGGUACCAGAUGGCUCGGGCCGGCUGGAAUAAAGCAGUGCAGGAACUGAUUGGGCCAGAGAAGGUGGCUGAAAUCCAUCCUCUGCUCAACAUGGACGGGAUAUUGGGUGGUCUGUAUAACCCAGGCUGUGGCCACAUUGACCCUUACUCUCUGACCCAAGCCUACGCCAUUGGUGCACGCAAAUACGGAGCCGAGAUCUACAUGCCGGUGAGUACGCAAGGCCUGAAGCAGCGCAGUGAUGGGGGCUGGGAUGUAGAAACAGAACACGGCACACUGCAAGCUAAACACGUCGUGAAUGCUGCAGGUUUCUGGGCUACCGACGUGGGUCGUAUGGUCGGCCUGGAGCUGCCGAUGAUAGCCAUCCAGCAUCAGUAUCUCAUCACCUCGGCCAUCCCGGAGGUCCAAGCCUUGAAGCAAGAACCACCAGUCAUCAGGGAUCUGGAGAAUUCCUACUACUUGAGGCAGGAGCGGUCAGGCCUGCUGAUGGGACCCUAUGAGAAGAGCCAUAAGAUGAAACUUCAAGACAACUGGAUAAAAGACGGUGUUCCCCCAGGUUUUGGUAAGGAGUUAUUUGAGAGUGAUGUAGAUCGACUGAUGGAGCAUGUGGAAGGGGCCAUGCAACGCGUACCAGUCCUCCAGAAUGCUGACAUCCAGAGCGUCGUCUGUGGACCUAUCACCUAUAGCCCUGAUGUCUUAGGCAUGAUAGGACCUUACCAAGGACUCAGGAACUUCUGGCUGGCCUGUGGCUCAGGAUACGGCAUAAUUCAUUCUGGGGGUAUUGGCAAGUACCUUAGCGACUGGAUGAUUGAUGGGGAGCCUCCCUAUGAUCUCGUGGAGAUAGAUGCCAAUCGCUAUGGCAACUGGACAACCAGGGAGUACACAAGUAUCAAGGCACGUGAGUCAUAUGGGAUGAACAAUGCCAUUGGAUGGCCACGUGAAGAGCGAUGGGCAGGCAGACCGACAAAGCGCAUCAGUGGGAUAUAUGACAAGCUGAAAUCACGUGGGGCCGAGUUUGGAUUCCACUCAGGUUGGGAACAGCCUCACUGGUUUGCACUGGAUGGCGAUGAGGCCGGGUACCAGCACAGCUUCCGUCGGUCUAACUGGUUCAAACCAGUGGGCAGGGAGUAUGAGAUGGUCAUGAAUAGAGCUGGCAUCAUUGAUAUCACUCCGUUUGCCAAGUUUGAAGUGACAGGGAAGGAUGUCUACAGAUACCUGGACAAUCUUCUGGCCAACAAACUACCAGCGGUUGGUCGAUGCACUUUGUGUCACAUGUUGUCGCCCAAGGGAAGAGUCUAUGCUGAGGUGACAGUGAGUCGAUUGGCAGAUGACAAGUUCCUCAUCAUCACGGGUUCUGGUGUGGAGUUCCAUGAUCUCAGGUGGAUGGAGGAUUUUGCCUGGAAGGGUAAUUACGACGUCACCCUGAACAACAUUACUGAGAGCAUUGCCUGCCUCAGUCUUGCCGGGCCAUUGUCUCGUGAUGUACUGUCUUCCAUCACUGAUGCAAACCUGGCCAAUGAUGCCUUUGCCUUCAUGGAUGUCAAGGAUAUCAGUGUGGGUGGUGUGCCUGUCACGGCGGUCAGAAUCUCCUACACAGGGGAGCUGGGCUGGGAGUUUUACCACAAGGCAGAGGACACUGCGAAGCUCUAUGAUGCUCUACUUGAAGCUGGAAAACCGCUUGGUGUUGGGGACUUUGGGACUUAUGCUCUGAACGCCAUGCGCAUUGAGAAAGGAUUCCGCAUGUGGGGACAAGAGAUGCUGAUGGACAACGGCCCACUAGAAGCUGGACUGGGACCAUUCAUCAAACUGAAGAAGGAGGCUGAUUUUGUGGGCAAAGCAGCGGUGCAGAAAGUGAAGGAUGAGGGACUACAACGUAAGCUGGUGCUUCUUACUGUACCUGAAACUGACAAUGUCGAUCCUGAAGGCAAUGAGACCAUCUGGAUGAACGGCAAGGUCGUAGGAAACACCACAUCAGGUUGUUUCAGCUACCACCUCGGCCAGAGUAUCUGCUAUGCUUACCUCCCUAUGGAGCUAACGACAGCUGGGACAGAGGUUGAAGUAGAGCUGCUGGGAAGGAGGUAUCUCUCAACGGUGACUCAAGAGCCUGUGCUGCUCACAGAGACGGUCCGCAGCAAACAGAAAUCUUAGUCAGCAAAGUUGUGAACAAGUACAAUGGACUCAGGAGGGCGCUAUAGUGUGAACUGAAGAGGGCGUCCUAAUCAUAGCAAUGAUGGAAGGAGCUAGUGAAUAGACUGGUUCCUGCUUCUAUAAUAUGGGGACCGGUAGCUAGUUCCCAUUUAUAGCCAUUGAUUGGAUCACCUCUGCGUAGCCUUUUUUUAAUGUUUGAAAAUGUUUAUAACUCCGUGCAAUGGCAGUUGAACACAAUGCUAUGUACAAAUUGACUUUUACCAUAACCAGUAGGCAAAAUCGCCAGUGUCUGCACGAAGGCAACUUUCAAGCAUUUCAACUCAAUAGGUUUCACAUAAUGAAAAGCAGUGCCCCUCUUUUUAUGGAUAGUUGCCAGAGACACUGUUGAAUUCAGAGAAAAUAAAACCUCAUUACCACACAAACUGCACAUUAGUGGUAGCCUUGUUGCCAUUUUGCAAUAGGCUGGUUCCACGCUAACAUUAUCAUCUUGAUUUUGUAUUCAGAGGGUGGGAAUCAGACCGAGGCUUGUCCUGCAUAUGAUUUGCAUACAUUAGGAGGAAAUCCUCCUAAUGUAUUCCUAUUACCCGCUACCGGUCCCUACAUUUAAAGUCCAAAGGACAAUUGGAGGACCGGCAUUGACAUUUUAAAAAUCAGUGCAUGUGUACAAUAUAAGGCAGGGUUAAACUUUGGACUGAGAAAGAUACUGUGUAGGCUGGUUCCUGGUUCCAUGUGAUUCCAGACAUGGGUGAACUGGAUAUUGGGAACCAGUCUAGAAUUGGAAGUGACAGCUCUUUGAUGCUGGCAUGCGCAGUUGUUAAUUGCUUACUGCAGAAGAUGUUUUGCCUUUUAUAUUGUAUUUUUUUCCUGGGAAUGGGUGAUUGGUCUAUGAAAGAAUAACAUUUCCUUACUAAUUAAUGUAUGCAGCAGACCAUCAAAUGGCCAAUGUUAUUUUUUAAUAAGUAACUUGUUUGUCAUCAUGUGUAGAAAUCAUAUUUGCCUUUCUGACAAACAAAAGUGUACUUAUAAUGAUAAAGUACAGAAGAAUGCUUCUAUAACAAACACACUGCACUGAACAUAUGGAUAUAAUGAACGUCUCCUGACUCCCAAUUUUAUGCACAACUUCACCAAGCAUUGUCUUCUAAAAUUCGGUAUAAAAAUGAAUGACUACUACGCUCAACAAUCUCUUUCGGUCCUCAGUCUGUAGCGAAAAUUCUACAGUAUGUGCUCUGACUACCAGUAUUACCAAUAAUUUGUGAUCUAGAUAAUGAGCCAGACAUAGUGUAAUCUGAAUAUCACCCAUUCUCCGCGGAGCCCAUAUCUGGUUGAAUGUCUACUAUAUCACAGCAUGCAGAUUUAUACGAUGUGCGUCAGCCAAUCGGAGUUGACUUUACUAAUUCCAGACUUCAUUUCAUUCUGAAAUCUGGACUAAAGUGUUGAUUGGUCAAUUCGAAUGAAGUGUUUUGUAAUACAAUGGCCUGGCAUAAAUCUAAUACAAACCUAGACGAGCUUGGCGUGUAUCGCGUAACAUAGUACAGAGUGCGUGACCACAGCCUUUGUUUGCUCAAUUCACAGCGUAAACAAGUAAAUGACCGGUGACCCGAUAUAGAAAGCGUGAUGAGAAAAGUGAGCAAAGUCACGUUUCACAAUUUGAACACAACACACUAGUGUUUUCCUGAACUGUUUUCACAGUAACAGCGCCCUCAGUUGUCCGAAAAAUCAUGGACAAUUUUUCGCUCGUAUCUCCCCGCCCUGGCCCUGCAAACAGGACGCUGGGAUACUCUGAUGAAUUCACACUCUGGUUGGUUGGACCUGUGUGACCUGUGACCUGCCCGUCAUCACGGUCAUGACUCUGCAAGGUUUGAAACGGCCGUUAAGACU